AUGUCCGGCAAUGGGAGAAUCUACCGCAUAUCGGCCCUCGCCGUCCUUGGGGGCGCUUUGUUUGGCUUUGACAUGUCUUCAAUGUCGGCCAUCAUCUCAACACAGCCGUACCUGUGUCAGUUCAACCAGCGCGGCUUCGACAAGGAGGGCCGCUGCCUGGGCCCCACGUCGGAUACACAGGGAGGCGUCACUGCUGCCAUGCCCGGGGGUUCUUUGAUUGGCGCUCUUGUCUCGGGCUGGUUGUCAGACCGGUGCGGCCGGAAGAAGACCAUCAUGAUCGGCUCGGUCUUCUGGAUUGCCGGGUCUGUCGUGACCUGCGCCUCGGUCAAUCUCCCCAUGCUCGCGGUUGGCCGUUUCAUCAACGGCUUCGCUGUUGGCAUCUGCUCCGCCCAGGUGCCCGUCUACAUCACCGAGAUCGCCCCACCGACGCUGCGCGGUCGACUUGUCGCCAUGCAGCAGUGGGCCAUCACCUGGGGCAUUCUCAUCAUGUACUUCAUCUGCUUUGGAUGCUCUUACGUUGAUGGCGCAGGGGCCUUCCGCAUCCCCUGGGGCCUCCAGAUGCUUCCUGCCAUCUGCCUCUGCGUCGGCCUCAGCUUUGAACCCGAGUCUCCUCGAUGGCUUUUCAAGAAGGGCCGCGAGAUGGAGGCCAAGGACGUCCUUGCUCAGCUACACGGCGGCGGCAACGCCAAUUCUCAGUUCGUCCAGAGGGAACUCCAGGACAUCAAAGCCACCGUCAGCCAGGAACACAAGCACGCUGACGCCAGUUGGCUCGAACUCUUUACACCCAGCAUGAUGAACCGGACCUUGAUCGGCGUCUUUACACAAAUCUGGUCCCAACUCACGGGCAUGAAUGUGAUGAUGUACUACAUCACAUACGUCUUUACCAUGGCAGGACUAUCCAAUGCCGGUACCAAUGAAGUUUUGAUCCCGAGCAGCGUCAGCUUCAUUAUCAACGUUGUGAUGACCGUGCCCGCCCUCGUGUGGAUGGAUCGCUGGGGCCGCCGCCCGCCCCUUCUUAUCGGAGCCGCCCUGAUGUGCCUGUGGCUCACCAUCACUGCCAUCAUGUUCGGAGUUUAUGCUCGCGACGCAGAGCCUGGAGAGUUUGCUUCAGCUUCCGAGUCGAUGGUUGUGAGUGGUCCCGCCGCGCGGGUCAUCAUUGCGGCAACCUGCCUCUUCGUUGCCAGCUUUGCGCCAACAUGGGGCCCCGUAUCGUGGACCUACCCUCCCGAGCUCUUCCCUCUCCGUCUCCGAGGCAAGGCCGUUGCCCUAGCCACAUCGGCAAAUUGGACCUUUAACUUUGCGCUCGCUUACUUCGUCCCGCCGGCGUUCGAGAACAUCACGUGGAAAACAUAUGUCAUCUUUGCCGUUUUCUGCGCCGUCAUGUUUCUUCACGUGUUUUUCUUCUUCCCGGAGACAGCCAACAAGACGCUCGAGGAGAUUGAGCAGAUAUUUGACGAUAAACGACCAGGUGCGAUCAAGUAUAUAGGGACACCAGCGUGGAAGACAUACAAUGACCGUAAAGCCAUGAUCACACAUGAACUUCGGGAUUCGAUCAGCGACUCCGAGGAUGGAGACAAAGCGCAGACGAACAGCACAGAGCCGGGUGCGAGAGAUGGAAUAAUGACAGCCACGAGCAAUGAACCGAUGCCAGCCUCGGGAAACGACGCGUGA